AUGGCGCCCUAUAUAAUAUCAACUGUCCAACGACUGGAUGCACCUUCAACUUAUUUUGAAAAGCGCGAUCAUAAACGGCAACGCCGCGAAGAUUCGCCAAAGGAAGAUCCCUUAGCUGGUGCUACAACAUUAUAUGUUGGAAAUUUGUCAUUUUACACCACCGAAGAACAAAUCCACGAGCUCUUUUCGAAAUGCGGAGAAAUCAAGCGGCUGGUUAUGGGCUUAGAUAGAUUCAACGCCAUGAAGUACAUUGGCGGGACGAAACUUGACGAGCGCAUAAUCAGGACUGAUUUGGAUCCUGGUUUUAAGGAAGGCAGACAAUACGGUCGAGGACCAACUGGCGGACAAGUUCGUGAUUACUACCGAGAGGAUUAUGAUCCCGGGAGAGGUGGUUAUGGUGGCAGGGAGCAACGUCCGGCUUCCACUGCGAAGGGGUCAAACUAG